AUGGAUGGAAUUCAACUCGAUCUGCUUGCCCCCAUCGCAGCAUUCCUCUCAGUUCCAGAUCAAGUCUCCCUUGGAUGCACGUGCAGAGAUUUGGAGACAAAGGUCCGGUUUGUCAUCGCAACGCAGCUACGAGACGCGAGAGCAUGUUUGGAUCAAUGGAAAGCGGAGAAUGCCGUCACAAUAACUCUAAACAGCUCAGACUUUGAAGAUUUGAACGUUUUUGCUAGAGAGGCAAUGUCAAUCGAGGCAGAAAGGACUAUCAUGGAACUGCAAUACCUCGCGUUGAAAGUGACAACUGCAGCUUUGGCCACGUCGGGUGCUGAUCUCCUCGACUCGUGUUGCCAUGAGCUUGCCAAAUCCUGCCAAGGUGGAGGGAUCUUUGUCACCAGUCUUCACUUUGCAGCUGGCAACGGUGACGCUGACCUGUGCCGCCUCCUUUUGACUCGAGGUGCCUCUGUCAAUCCAAACAUUUUCAUCCCGAACGAUCUGAGUAGCUUGGACCAAACGGAAGAAACCAGCAAUAGAGACGACGGCGCCUAUGCAAGCCAGUAUCGUUGGGGCUUUAUAACCCCCAUGAGACUGGCCAUGACCUUUGGUCACGCUGAUGUUGUCGAGUUACUAAGGGGGCAUGGAGGCAUUGCUUGUGAAACGGUUCAAGUCCCUUGCAAAGAAAUCUCGUGGAAACUUGGGUUUCAGUGCUUUUGCCAGGAUCGUCUUGAUGAUGAACUUCCGCCUCUCCCAGAUGGAGCUUGUUGGACGAGGCAAGGAAAUGAGGAAGAGUUGUACUACAAGAACACUCGCUCAGAUCAGCUUGACGGCACAAACCACGUGUUGUUUACCGCGGACAUGCAACAAACGGUCAUCCAUUUGGCGCACUGCCAAGAGUAUGGAGGAGAGCAUCCCAGCUGUGCUAUUCAGUGA